AUGAUAAUGCUGAAGCUGUGGACUCUCCUUCUUGGCAACGCGCUGAUCAUUUGUCAGAUAUACGUCUCACAGGCAGCUCCAUCCAGCAACGAGUUGAUGUCAGAUGGAGUCACACUAACAAACGACGAUGCUCAAAGUUUUCUCAGAGCCUUCAAGGAGUUGAUGCAGAUAACUUCAGAUGAGCAAGACCCCCGAGCAGCUGAUGGGAACAGCCUGGACAGAGCCAUGUCUAAGCGCUGCACCGGCCUGAGCACUUGUGUGCUGGGCAAACUCUCCCAGGAUAUUCACAAACUGCAAACAUAUCCCCGCACCAACGUGGGAGCGGGGACACCGGGCAAGAAGAGAAGUCUGUCUGAGCAAUAUGAAAACAACGGCAGCUCGUACAACUGA